CCAGAGCGCCGAGCUGCAGUCCCGGAGCCAGACGUGUCCGCGAAGAUGGCGGGCCGGAGCAUGCAAGCUGCAAGAUGUCCUACAGAUGAAUUAUCGUUAACCAACUGUGCAGUUGUGAAUGAAAAGGAUUUCCAGUCUGGCCAGCACGUGGUCGUGCGGACCUCUCCCAACCACAGGUACACGUUUACCCUGAAGACCCACUCCUCCGUGUUCCCAGGGAGCAUUGCCUUCAGCUUACCCCAGCGGAAAUGGGCCGGACUUUCUAUUGGACAAGAAAUAGAUGUCUCCUUGUAUACAUUUGACAAGGCCAAACAAUGCAUCGGCACAAUGACCAUGGAGAUUGAUUUCCUGCAGAAAAAAAACAUCGACUCCAACCCUUACGACACUGACAAGAUGGCGGCAGAGUUCAUUCAGCAGUUCAACAACCAGGCUUUCUCUGUGGGACAGCAGCUUGUGUUUAGCUUCAAUGAAAAGCUGUUUGGCCUCCAGGUGAAGGAUAUUGAAGCCAUGGAUCCUAGCAUCCUGCAGGGGGAGCCCGCCACAGGCAAAAGACAGAAGAUUGAAGUAGGACUGGUGGUUGGAAACAGCCAGGUUGCAUUUGAAAAAGCGGAGAACUCGUCACUCAGUCUGAUAGGCAAAGCUAAAACCAAGGAAAAUCGUCAGUCCAUCAUCAAUCCUGACUGGAACUUCGAAAAAAUGGGAAUAGGAGGCCUGGACAAGGAAUUCUCCGAUAUUUUCCGGCGAGCGUUUGCGUCUCGAGUUUUCCCUCCAGAGAUUGUGGAGCAGAUGGGUUGCAAACAUGUUAAAGGCAUCCUGUUAUAUGGGCCCCCGGGAUGCGGUAAGACUCUCCUGGCUCGACAGAUUGGCAAGAUGUUAAAUGCAAGAGAGCCCAAAAUAGUCAAUGGACCAGAAAUCCUGAACAAAUAUGUCGGAGAAUCAGAGGCUAACAUUCGUAAACUCUUUGCUGAUGCUGAAGAGGAGCAAAGGAGGCUUGGUGCCAACAGUGGUUUGCACAUCAUCAUCUUUGAUGAAAUUGAUGCCAUCUGCAAGCAGAGAGGGAGCAUGGCUGGCAGUACAGGAGUUCAUGACACUGUCGUCAACCAGCUGCUGUCCAAAAUCGACGGCGUGGAGCAGCUGAACAACAUCCUCGUCAUUGGAAUGACCAACAGACCAGAUCUGAUAGAUGAGGCUCUCCUGCGACCUGGAAGACUAGAAGUGAAGAUGGAGAUAGGCUUACCAGAUGAGAAAGGCCGGCUACAGAUCCUUCAUAUCCACACCGCAAAGAUGAGAGGGUAUCGGUUACUCUCUGCUGAUGUCGAUGUUAAAGAGCUGGCCGUGGAGACCAAGAAUUUCAGUGGUGCUGAACUGGAGGGCCUGGUGCGAGCAGCACAAUCCACUGCUAUGAAUCGACUUAUAAAGGCCAGUACUAAAGUGGAAGUGGACAUGGAGAAAGCAGAGGGCCUGCAGGUGACGAGAGGAGACUUCCUUGCUUCUUUGGAGAAUGAUAUCAAACCAGCAUUUGGCACAAACCAAGAGGAUUAUGCAAGCUACAUUAUGAAUGGUAUCAUCAAGUGGGGUGAUCCAGUUACUAGGGUCCUAGAAGACGGGGAGCUGCUGGUUCAGCAGACUAAAAACAGUGACCGUACACCGUUGGUUAGUGUCCUUCUGGAAGGCCCUCCUCAUAGCGGGAAGACCGCCUUAGCGGCAAAGAUCGCCGAGGAUUCCAACUUCCCCUUCAUCAAGAUCUGCUCUCCUGAUAAGAUGAUUGGCUUUUCGGAGACGGCCAAGUGUCAGGCUAUGAAGAAGAUCUUUGAUGAUGCAUACAAAUCCCAGCUCAGUUGUGUGGUUGUAGAUGACAUUGAAAGACUACUGGAUUAUGUUCCGAUUGGCCCUCGGUUCUCUAAUCUGGUGCUGCAGGCGCUUCUUGUAUUACUGAAAAAGGCCCCUCCUCAGGGCCGCAAGCUCCUUAUUAUUGGGACCACUAGCCGCAAAGAUGUCCUUCAGGAGAUGGAGAUGCUGACCGCGUUCAGCACCACCAUCCACGUGCCCAACAUUGCCACGGGGGAGCAGCUGCUGGAGGCCCUGGAGCUUUUGGGCAACUUCAAGGACAAGGAGCGCACUACAAUCGCACAGCAAGUCAAAGGAAAGAAGGUGUGGAUAGGAAUCAAGAAGUUACUGAUGUUGAUCGAGAUGUCCCUACAGAUGGACACUGAGUACCGUGUGAGGAAAUUCAUGGCCCUCUUAAGAGAAGAAGGAGCCAGCCCCCUUGACUAUGAUUGAAAAUGGACCAGCCACAGCACACAGUGACCAAGGGAAAUGACCAAGUGCAAGCCGGGCUGGGAUCUUCACUCCUCUUGCUCAAGAUACUGGACGCAGUGAAAUGUCCUCCACCAUCACACGCGCACGCUCUGCAUGUGUAGUGCAAUAAACCCCUUUCUUCUGCUUGCUGAUAGUCUAGUGUUUUGUGGAAGGUACAGGUCUGCUUUAGAAUGCUGUGCUUACUUCUCUGUGCAAGCCGAUCCCUCCUUACUCAGGUUUAUGUGUGAGAGGUGUACUGUACUUGUGAACACUAUACAUUUGAAGCUCCCUACCACCACCACCACCCCCGAGAACUCUCAGUAAAUGUAAUGCACGCAAGCCAACACACGACCAAGUGGAAUGAAGACUUCUUAUGUGCAAACCAGGAACAUGGGCGAGCGCUGUCGGUUUAAAGGGGUUGUCUGGCAGCUUCCCUGUGCUGAUGACACUCAGGGCUAGUGGGGAUGUGGUUAAAGGUUCACCUCCAGAAACCCGGUCUACUUGCUUUGCCUGAAGAAGCGCGUCUCGGGACUCCUAGCCAUCUUCAGACCUGUUUCCGAGUUGCCGCCAAGAGGCGGCCUUUCUGCACUGGAAGUCCUGACUGGGUGACUGGGAGGCGGUUGGGGGUGGCCUGUGACAUCCCCUUUAAGGAAGCAGUGUACUCCUUGGGGGGAGAGAUGGUCAUUGUCACCACUGGGGAAAUGUUGGCAACAACCUGUGAAUGCUGUGUGGGGAGGAGAGAACAUGCAUUCCUUAACAGAAAGGACUUACUAAAACCCAUUUACAGACCUCUCAGCAUUAAUUAGUACCCAACUCUUAAGUGGGUCAGUUCCUUAGUAUGGUAUUAAGGACCUAUUAGUGAUACCACCUUUGGGGUUUUUUUUUCCCUCUCAGCUGAAUGCCUUAGUUGGAACUCACCCCCUUGAAAUUAUCUUUAUUAUGCAGUAUCAUCUAAAACACUAUUCUCCCAAAAAGCAAUCCCCUCCCCCCGCCCAGCUUCCUGUAUCCAUUCCGAUGCCCUGACCAGGUGUCCUCUACCUUCUCCAGGCUUCUGCAGAGGGAAGGAGAGCUCACGGGGCCUCCGGCGGGUGCUUGGCCUCAUAUCUGAGUUAGAAGGAAUGUAAUUAGGUCGUCUUAUUUGGAGAUGAGACUGGCAGCGCAUGCCACCCUCUCCCCAUCGCUGCUUAAAAUGAGAGGAUGCCCGGGAGCCGCCUGAAGGGGCUUAAGGGCAGUGAGGGUACUCCACAGUGGCACUUCCAGGUGGCUGUCAUUGUCCCUGCGGCAGAGGGCAGACCUGCUCCAUGCCUUGCUGUCUGUGUGCUUUUGGUUGACACUUAUCUGUUGCAUUUCUUUGGUUUGGGGGUCUCCCCCUUGCUUAUUCUGUGGCUUUGUAAACAGUGGACUGUGUUGUAUAACCCUGUGACCCCUGGUGGCCUGUAUCCUGGAGCCCCUGACCUGUUCCGCCCCUGCUCUCUCCCCUUCCCACAAAGCAGCACACAUUGUAUUACCUAAUGUCUCGUUAAAUGAGGGUAAUGUUUUUGUGUUUUGUCCAAAACUAUAUUGAAGAAAAUUCUGAAUAUUAUAUUGUUAAAUGCAAAUGAAGGAAUGCAAUAAAUAUCCGUGGAAAUGUC